GGCACGGUGUGCGACGACACCUGGGCGUUCCCCGCCGCCGCCGUGGUGUGCCGCUACCUGGGCUGCGGGCAGGUGAUCGCGGCCCCGCCCCGCGCGCGCUUCGGGCCCGGCCGCGGCCAGGUGUGGCUGGACGGGCUCACCUGCACAGGUGAGGAGGCCGCGCCCUCCGAGUGCCGCCACAAGGGGUGGGGCGUGCACACCUGCGAGCACAGCGAGGACGCCGGCGUCAUCUGCGCAGGUG